CCUAAUUUUUAUAAGUGAUGUGAUGUGUCCGUCGCUCGCGCAAUGCCGAAUUUAAGUCCCGUUAUAGAGCCCAAUUUUCGUCGAUUUUUAACAAAAUGUAGCAGUAAAGUUUCUUCAAGCGUUUGUUAAAUGAUAUUUCAACUUUUCUCUCUCAUAAAUAACUUCUUAGUGUCACAGCUGUUCAAUCAUGAGUUCCAACUUCAAUGGUCAGAGCACAAACACUGUCAAUGAUAACUCUAACUAUAUUAAUUCAGAAAGGAGCGAGACGUCACCAUUAUAUUCCUCAAGCAAGGAGACUGGCAAUCUAAACUUCAUAAUUACGUUCUUCUCUGUUUUCUCUGUGGCAGUUGCUGCUGCCCUUGCAAUACAGAUUAAAUAUGGGAACCAUCAGAUUACACCUCAUGGCAGCAUUGCGAGUGACAGCAAGGAGUGCUCGAUGAUCGGAAUAUCCAUUUUGCAAAAAGGUGGAAACGCUAUUGAUGCAGGCAUUGCCACAACAAUGUGCAUAGGUGUCAUUCGGCCACAUUUAACAGGAGUUGGAGGAGGUGGAUUAAUGCUGAUAUAUGAUCAUCGAGAGGGAAAAGUUCUGGAUCUAAUCGAUUUUCGACCCACAAGAAGUACAGAUAUUGGCAUUGGAGUGCCUGGAUUCUUAGCAGGAUUAGCCCUUGCUCAUCAACUGCACGGAUCUCUACCAUGGGAAACUUUGCUUGCCCCAUCCAUUCAGAUUGCAAGGAAUGGUUUCAAAGUAACAUCAAGCUUGAUAAAAGCCAGGGAAGAGCACCAUCUUCAAAACUCGACGCAUAAUCUUGUCUUGGAUGCAUGGCUCAAGGACAAAACGGAAGGAAAAAUCGUGAAGAUGCCCAAACUUGCGAUGUUACUUGAAAAAGUAGCAAAGUCGGGUGCCGCGGUAUUCUACAAUCGGACACUACAAAUAGAUACAGAUUAUCUUAAUCCAGCUGAUAUCGCUAACUAUCAGCCAACUCGUGGCACACCAUUGAAAGGAACUCUGAUGGGAUAUAACAUCAUAACGUCCGGCAGUGGAACUGGAGGCGCAACCCUUUAUAAUGCACUGCCUCAUCUCAAUAUAAGUUCAUCUAGUAUCAUCUCCUUUGUCAGUGCAUUUCACAGUGAUGCAGAAGCUAUAUGGCCCAUACCUGCUGGUUCUCAUGUGGCGGUUGCGGAUGUAAAUGAUGUGUAUGUUUCUAUCGUGAGUGGUCUUGGCUCAGUUUUGGGUUCGCAGUUGUUCACUGCAUCUGAAUACAUUUUGAACAAUGCUCUUGAAGUCAUCGGCGAAGGCGCAAAUAACACCACUAAGCAAGGCGACAAGAUCCCUACUCUCUCGGCUCCUAUCAUUGCUGUAAAGUCGAGUCAUAUCUGUGCAAGGCGAUUGAUCUUAGGCUCAAGUGAUGUGCGUGAUGGAGCUCAAGCCUUACUGUCAUUGUUAAACGGCGGUGAACAGGAGAAAAGCGUUAAAUCAAGUAUUGAAGCAACAAGGGUGCGUUUUGUUGGUCAUGCCAUUCUUGAAGAAGAAGAACAUGCUCCUAUCAUGCCAGCUAAAGAGCGCAGUACUCUGCAGCGAGCUUCAUAUGAUCUCAGUCGCGCUCCGUUACCUUACUCUACAGUCAAUGUCAUCCAGAAAGUGAGCGAUACAACAGUUGCUUACUCAGAUUCACGGGGCUCUGGUCAAGCGAUUGCUUUUUGAUUUCUCAUUUGUGAUUCACUAAAAUUAUGUUGAUUGUAUUGGUUGCUAAAGUUCCAAAAUUUUAGGCCAGCAAGCAAGAAUGAUUUUAGUUUUAUGUUUCUGAUUUAUUAAAAUUUUUCUGGCCGUGCGUAAAUUAUUUAUUGCAUUUAGCGAAGAGGGGAUUGUAAAAUAAUUGUUAUAAGCAAUUCAAACCAAAAACAUUCUGUGCAUACACAUGUUUUAGCAGAGAAGAGAUUUUAGGGCUAAAUUUCCUCUAUCAACUGGUGAAAAUGAAGGGAUGCUCUAUUUGCCUUUACGUAAUUUUUAAGAGGUACUGCAAGGUGUUCAAAGUGCAUUACAAGAGGAAUGGGAGUGGAGAAGGGCAGUAAAAAAUUGAAAAAGUAUUAUGUAAUAAAUGAUUGGCACCUUUGAAUCAUCGGCCUAUGUGCAUAAUUGAUGAUUUUCCAAUCGUGGCCCAGGGUAUCUUGCUUUCGACUGUAAUGAAGCAAUUGCAGAUUUUAUUCAGUUUUUAGUCUGUCAAACUGGAAAACUGUCAGCAAGAAAGAAAAACUAAAAAAAAAAUGUUGAUUUUUAUUAGCAAGAUGUCAUUGGCUAGGCAGACAAAGCAUUUGUAUCAAUUUAGAAAAAGAAACAAAAUUUGCUAUUUGGGUUUUCUCUUGUUUCACUUUUAAAAUGUUUUGUAGGUAUUAGCAUAUUGAUGGUUAAAUGUAGGAAAUGCGUACCUCACUUACAACAUUGAAAAAUCUUUUAUCAUAUCUAAUUCCCCACCAGCAAAACUGAUCCGAGCGCUUCUUUGUAAUUUUGUGGGGGUUUUUUAGAAUGAGAGAGGUAGGUUCACAGAAAAUUUUAAUAGAAACUGCUAAUUCAUUCUUCAAUCUUUAAUAAAAAAAAAAUAAAAAAAAUAAAACACGAGUUCAACAAAAAACAACGUUACAAUCUGACUUUUGCAUUUUUCAAUGUUAUCCAUCGAUAUGUGCAUUCAUUUUGGUUCAAUCCAGCUUUUUUAGCAAUUGAAAUUAAAUCCAACUCCAAAGAUAGAUAUUAGGAUAUUUUUAAGGACUUGGUAGUAGAUCUAUUUACAUAAUUUUACUCGUAUAUUUUUGUAAUUAAUGUGAAUAGAAGUAAGAAGCCGUACUUUAUUGAAAUUUUGCUGCUAAUUCAUCCUGCAUACUUUAUUGCGAAAAAUUAUGAUACAAGCUAACUUGUUUCGCAAUAUCUCUUGCUAUGAGUGCAAACACAAGUAUUUUUUGUUGUCCUAUGUGUCAAUGCUGGAGGGGUUUGAAUAAUACCCAUUUCAUAAGUAUGUAUACAUUUCAACAGAGAUGAAAGUAGCAGAAUUCUGCACCUGUUUCAUGCCAUGUGUUGAGAUUAUUAUUCAAUACCCUAAAAAGUAAGAUCUGUAUGUAUCAAUAUAAUAUCCAGUAAGAAUUAUGAUCGGUGCUUCUCCCAGCAUUAUAGUCACUAUUGUCUUAUAGUUCCUACCUUUAAUUGUUAGCUAAAUGACCUUCUCAUUAAAGUUUUUAUUAUUUUUACUAUGCAAUGUGUUAUCUGAUCUGUUAGCAGACACCUCAUUACUUAGAGGGAUUUCAAUCCGUACAUAAGUGUUACUAACAAUGUUAUAAACUCUCUAUUUUGUCAAAAUUUUUAACUGAAUAAAUUUUUGAAUUUUUAAA